UCCUGAGCUGCCUGGGCGCCGGACGUACGAUACGAGACCUCGACGUCGACCACCACACAGACCUAACCGAGAGAAUGGCAGCAGCAGCGAUGAACGGGCACUAUUUGCAUGCAUUUGGCAGGGAGAGGACGACGCUCCACGCCGCCCUCGGUGGGCGCAGAGCCGCGGACGUCAUCCUGUGGAGGGACAAGGCGGCCUCGGCGUGCAUCCUGGCCGCGGCGACGGCGGCGUGGGGCCUGUUCGAGGUGGCGGAGUACCACCUCGUCACGGUGGCGUGCUACGUCGCCAUGGUCGCCAUGCUCGUCUCCUUCGUCUGGACCAACGCUUCUGCGUUCUUCAACAUGGACAGAUGGUAUGGUAUUGCCCGACCGACACUGACAGCGAAACGCAUGGUUAUGGUCUGUCUCGGUCGCGAACCGGCGAGAACAGCGACGCCGAUGCGCAUGCGCGCACGCCAACCGGAUAAAACCAUGGUGCUCCGUGCGCAGCCCCCGGUUUCUGCCGGUUCGUUCGAGUUCGACAUAUGGAUCAGCCACCGGUCGGUCUCGUACCACGAGCCCGUUCAGGGCACGGCCCGUUAGACCCGGCUAAGCUAAUCGGGCCUGUUAGAUUCUAUGGGCCUGUUAGUUUUCUUCUUGUUACAAAAGGUUUCACAUGUGAUCAAUCUCAACUGGUGGCAGUUAUUGCCUAAGGGUCGCACCCCUUGAGGACCCUGUGUACUACACUAUAUAUACAUCUAUCUCUGCAAUAAAUACACGAUUCUCUGUCAUUUGUCUCUGUUGUUUUCCAUUUGCCACUGAGCACUGCAAUAGAUCACAACACGUUAUCAGCACUGUCUCAAGGGAGAAAUCAGAGAAGAGGAAGAACACGCUGUUCUUGACAAGAACAGCGAGAUCGAUCUGCACAUCAACAGCAAGGUAUGGAGCAUACCGUUUCCAUGCGCAUACGCCGUAUGCGCGAAGUUCUUCAUAUUGUUGAUGAUGCAAUGUUGGAAGCGUUCACCGUUGGGCAAGCCACUGCACUCCCACCGGUGCACGAGAUCCCUGAACGCCGUGUGCAAGUGCAAAAUGUGCACUUCUGCGUUCUCCAUGGAUGGACAGCGGUGGUUCCGCUACCGGUGGUGGAGUGUGGUCUCCCCACUGCAUCCCCGUCGCCACCAGCGCCGGUGUUUGACGCGGGAUCGUCUGCAUCGGCCCCCAUGGACGUCGAUUUGGAGGCACCACCGCCACCUCCGCCCACUGCAGCGGCAGUUGCUCGUCGUUCGCCAUCUCCACCAGUGCCUGUGGCCGUCGGGACCAUUGCUGCCCGUCGUGGACAGCCCCCGCGUGCCGUUGAUGCUCCACGUGGACGCAUCAUCCUCACUGGCCAUCGCCCAAGUGGUAUGGCCUCGUCUUCCUCCUCCAAUGGGAGGGCCUAAUGGCCCUCGAUCCGGCCGUCGCGUCGGCCGUUUGGGGGAGGGGGUGGGGAGCGGCGCGGCAUGCCUCUGCGCGCUCGGCGCGGGCCUCCCCGGCGUGGGCGCUCGGCGAGGGCCCCACAUGGGCGCUCGGCACGGCCUCCUCCAGAGGCGAGCGCGCGGGAGCAAGCCCCGGCGAGGGCGCUCAGCGCUACUCCCGUGGCGCACCAGGCGGCGCCCCACGCUUGGCCGGCGGCUGCACGAUGGCGGCCCAGCGAACGGCGGCUGGCGGCACUCGGCGCGAGCCCCCGCGAGGGCGCUCAGCGUGGCCUUCCGCUGGCGCUCGGCGCGGCCAGCAAAGGGCGCUCGGCGCGGCCAGCAAAGGGCGCUCGGCGCGGCGGGCAUGGACGCCUGGCGGCGCUUGGCGCGGCUGCCAGACCGGGCCACCAGCGGCGGCUGGACCCAUGGCGCGCACGGCCCAUGGCUUGGCGAAGCGCGCAGGCCAGGCGGCGGCUUCCUGGCGGCGGCCAGGGAAGCCCUGGUGGCUAACGGCGGCUGGGGGCGGUUAGGGUUGGAAACCCUAGCCGCCCCAAUAUAAAAUAGGCUUCUUGGGCCUCUGUUGGGCCGCCUGGGCAGGCCAGCUGGGCUGGGCCGGCGUGCAGGCCUCUGGCCGCUGCCUGGCUCGCCUGGCAGGCCGCCUGGGCUACUUUCAGAGGCCUAAUAUAGCCUGUUUUACCAUUUUAAAUUCUGAAUUUCUGUAUAAGACUAUGUUUUAUAUGCAUUUUCAGUUCAAAGUUAUCUUAGGCGUCUAAAUUCGUGAUUUAGACUGCAUAUAUUGUAAAGACAUAUCUGUUUUAUUGUAAAUUUAGCAGAUUUUAGUUCGUGAA